AUGAAGAAACGAGAAAGAAGAACAGGAGGGGCAGCCGCUCAAGCUCGGGAGGAAGACACGACUCCUUCCGCGCCGCUCUCGUCGCUGCUUCUUCUCUCGUCGCCAGAGGUUUGUCAUCAUCUCUUCUCGUCGCCGUUAGUUCAGGAAAUAAUUAGAGGCAUUCCCAAUCAUUUGAAGAUUGUUGACCUUUCAGCAGAUUUUCGUUUACGUGAUAUAUCUGAGUAUGAAGAGUGGUAUGGCCAACCACACAGGGCACUGGAGUUGCAGAAAGAAGCUAUAUAUGGAUUAACAGAGAUUUUAAGGGAGGAAAUAAGGAAUGCACGCUUAGUUGCUAAUCCUGGUUGCUAUCCAACAUCCAUUCAAAUUCCCCUUGUCCCACUGAUAAAGAAUUACAACAAGGAACUAGGCGAUGGUAAAAGAGUAACUGCUCAACAGAAACAUGCCAUUGAAGACCUCAAUGAAAGGCUGAGUGCUUCUAUGCAGUCAUAUGCUGAAGCAUAUGCUAUAAUAAGUAGUCAGAAAGUAAAUAUAGCUGAACUCAAGGAACAAUUAGAUGACAAGCAGACUCAGCGAAAAGAGCGGGAAAAGGCCACAACUGAUCUAAAGGCUGCUGUUUUUAGAGCCCAGUCUGAGGCUCAAGAGGAAUUAAGACGACACACUGAUGCUGCCUUAAGAAGAGAAAGAGAACUACAUGAAACAAUAAAUAAGCUUCAGGAGUCAGAGAGAGAAAGGUGUUUGCUAGUUGAAACCUUGAGGUCCAAACUGGAGGAUACUAGGCAAAAGAUGGUUGUGUGUGAUAAUAAGGUUCGCCAGUUGGAAACUGAAUUGCAUGAGGAGAAGCUGACCACUGCAAAUCAAACAAAGAAAAUAGAAGAACUUGAAGAGGAAACAAGAAGAUUAAGCAAAGAGCUUGAGAGUGAAAAGCAGGCAGCUUGAGAAGAAGCAUGGGCUAAAGUUUCUAUUCUUGAGCUUGAGAUAAAUGCCGCAAUGCGGGAUCUAGAUUUUGAGAGGAGGAGGUUAAGAGGUGCCAGGGAAAGACUUAUGCUUUGGGUUCUAACUUCUAAGAAAGAUGAAAUUGAAGAAACCAAGCAAGCAAAGCAGAGAAGAAACAUCAAACAUGGCUGCUACUGUUGGAAUCACAGAAUUUAUUGGAGCAGAGAUGAUUGAGAAGGCAAUUUCUUAGUAGAUGAAGCUAUUUUGUCCAAGCUAAAGUCAAAGAAGGCAAAGGUCCUUGUUGAGGUAAAUCUAUAUUGCGCGCUUCAAUUGAAAGGCAAAUUCAGUUGCCAAAUAUUAGUAUAGUUGUGAUGUGUGUGUGAAGACCAUUUAGAAGGAUGAAUUUUUGAAACUCUGCUUUGUGACAGCUUCUAUAUCAGCAAACUCUAUAAAUAAAGAAGAGAGAUGUGUCAAUACGAACUGUGUUUUCUUCCCUUUGCUGAUUAAAAUAAAUAGAAUAUAUAGAAUAUUAUCUCAGUAUUUCCAUUAAUCAAUGUCACAAGGAUCUGGUUUUUAAGA